GCAGUAUAUGCACUCAAACUAUUAUUUGGUUACCCAUAUUAAAUAUUCUUAAUAGCAAAAUGAGAAUUUUUAUGACAUUACUUCUCUGCUUUGCUAUCCAAAUGUUCGUGUUUUAUUACAUGCCAUCAGCGACUGUUGCUCAUGCUUUGAGUACAGAGACUGAUAAGCAUGCUUUGCUUGCUUUGAAGGAAAAGCUUACAAAUGGUGUACCAGAUUCUUUGCCAUCAUAGAAUGAGUCUCUACAUUUCUGUGAUUGGCAAGGGAUUAGAUGUGGUCGUCGUCACAUGAGAGUCUCUUCCUUGCAUUUGGAAAAUCAAACAUUGGGUGGUACUCUUGGACCAUCCUUGGGAAAUCUAACAUUUCUCAGAAUACUUAAACUUAAAAAAGUUGACUUGUAUGGUAAAAUUCCAAAACAAAUUGGUCGUUUGAAGCGAUUGCAAGUUCUUGUGUUAAGAUUUAACCAUCUUCAAGGAGAGAUUCCCAUAGAGCUCACUAAUUGCACAAAUAUUGAGGUAAUUGAUUUUGCAUUGAAUCAACUGAUCACAGGAAGAAUUCCCACAUGGUUUGGAUCAAUGAUGCAACUUACUACAUUGAUUCUCAAGUCAAAUAAUCUAGUUGGUACCAUUCCAUCUACCUUGGGAAAUGUUUCAUCACUACAAACACUAGAUUUUACAGAAAAUCACUUGGAAGGAAGCAUACCUUAUUCUUUGGGUAGGUUGUCAGGCUUGACAUUGUUGGGUCUAAGUGUAAAUAAUUGUUCAGGUGAAAUCCCUCGUUCUCUUUAUAACCUAUCAAAUAUUCAAAUUUUUGAUCUUGCUUCAAACAUGUUAUUUGGUAGUCUUCAAACAAACCUUCAUCUUGCUUUUCCCAAUCUUGAAGAAUUAUAUGUAGGAGGAAACCAAAUCAGCGGAACAUUUCCAUCUUCGGUAUCCAACCUCACUGAAUUGAAAAGGUUGGAUAUAUCAUAUAAUACUUUUAAUGCGCCAAUUCCUCUUACUUUGGGUCGAUUAAAUAAACUUGAGUUGUUUAAUAUCGGAGCAAAUAAUUUUGGGAGUGGAGGAGCUCACGAUUUGGAUUUUCUUUCAUCGUUGACCAACUGUACCCAAUUGUCAAAUAUCUUUGUUUUUGGCAAUAAUUUUGGUGGUGUGUUGCCGAGUUUUAUAGGAAACUUUUCCACUAAUCUUCGUUUCCUUCAUAUGGAGAAUAAUCAAAUAUAUGGAGUGAUACCUGAAACAAUUGGGCAACUAAUUGGUUUAAAUUUCUUACAAAUUGCAGACAAUUUAUUUGAGGGAACAAUUCCUGAUUCAAUUGGAAAGCUUAAGAAUCUAGGAAUAUUGGGCUUGGAGAGUAACGAAUUCUCCGGUAAUAUUCCUAUAGUCAUUGGCAAUCUUACUGUGUUGUCUGAACUAGAUCUAUAUGGUAAUAAAUUGGAAGGAAGCAUUCCGAUUACCAUAAGAAAUUGCACCAAAUUGCAGUUAUUAAACUUUGCUACAAACAAAUUAAGUGGUGAUAUUCCCGAUCAAACAUUUGGCUAUUUAGAUGGUUUAAUAUUUCUUGAAUUAGCCAAUAAUUCCUUGUCCGGUCCCAUUCCUUCAGAGUUUGGUAAUUUGAAGCAACUUUCACAUUUGUAUCUAGGCUUGAAUAAGUUGUCUGGUGAAAUUCCUAAGGAACUAGCUUCUUGCUUAACAUUGACAGAACUUUGGUUGGGGGAAAACUUCUUUCAUGGAGCUAUACCUUUGUUCUUGGGCUCCUCUUUAAGGUCCCUUGAAAUAUUAGAUCUUGCUGAAAAUAAUUUUUCAAGCAUAAUCCCCUCUGAACUAGAAAAUCUAACAUUUUUGAAUACUUUGGACUUGUCUUUUAACAAUCUCUAUGGUGAGGUUCCCACAAGAGGUGUCUUUAGCAAAGUCUCAGCAAUUUCACUAACUGGAAACAAGAACCUUUGUGGAGGAAUACCUCAAUUGAAACUUCCUCCAUGUCUUAAGGUACCUGCCAAGAAACACAAGAGAUCUCUAAAAAAGAAACUUAUCCUCAUCAGUGUAAUUGGUGGGUUUGUGAUCUCUGUCAUAGCUUUUAUAAUUGUUCAUUUUCUCACAAGAAAGUCCAAAAGCUUACCAUCUUCACCAUCUUUGCGAAACGGGAAAUUGAGGGUUACUUAUGGAGAGCUACAUGAAUCAACCAAUGGUUUUUCUUCUUCCAAUUUGGUAGGAACAGGAAGCUUUGGCUCUGUUUACAAAGGAUCUCUUCCAAGCUUUGAAAGACCUAUUGUUGUAAAGGUGUUGAAUCUUGAAACACGUGGAGCAGCAAAGAGUUUCAUGGCGGAAUGCAAUGCUUUAGGAAAGAUGAAGCACCGUAAUCUUGUCAAAAUCCUAACUUGUUGUUCAAGUGUUGAUUAUAAUGGUGAAGAUUUCAAGGCUAUUGUUUUUGAGUUCAUGCCUAAGGGGAGUCUGGAAAAGAUUCUGCACGAUAACGAAGGGUCUGGAAUUCAUAAUCUCAGCCUGGCACAAAGGUUAGACAUCGCUCUUGAUCUAGCUCAUGCACUUGAUUAUCUUCACAAUGAUACAGAGCAAGCCGUAGUUCACUGUGAUGUUAAGUCAAGCAACGUUCUUCUUGACGAUGACGUUGUAGCCCACUUGGGAGACUUUGGCUUAGCUAGGCUCAUUCUUGGAGCCACAGAGCAUUCAAGUAAAGAUCAAGUCAUUUCCUCUACUAUUAAAGGAACUAUAGGAUAUAUUCCUACUGAGUACGGAACAGGUGUUCCAGUAUCACCACAGGGAGAUAUCUAUAGCUUUGGGAUUCUUCUGUUAGAGAUGCUCACUGGAAAGAGACCAACAAAUAACAUGUUUUCUGAGAGUCAAAGUCUACAUGAAUUCUGCAAAAUGAAAAUUCCAGAAGGAAUCCUCGAGAUAGUAGAUUCACAAUUACUUUUGCCAUUUGCCGAAGUUGAGACGGGGAUUGUGGAAAAUAAGAUUAAGAAGUGUUUGGUGAUGUUUGGUGCAAUCGGAGUUGCAUGUUCUGAAGAAGUUCCUUCUCAUCGAAUGUUGAUAAAAGAUGUUAUAGAUAAGUUCCUUGAAAUAAAACAGAAAUUACCUUGCUAGGAGCUAUUACUACUGUGAUAAAAGAUGUUCUGAAGUGUUUUGUUGUUGUUGUUGUUGUUGCAUUAUU